AACGGCACAAAACGCCUUGAUGACCCGGUCACCCGUGGCUACUGCUCCUAUAUAACACUAGCCCUGCACGGAGCUAGCUCCCUGCUCCAGAGCCACCACAGCAGCUCAGCAAAGAAGGCAGCAACCGAGCUCGAUCUUCCUAUACACAACGUCCGUCGUCUCUCUCUCUCUCUCCCCAGAAAUAAUCGGCGAACAGCGCACUCGAUCUUCUUCGCCGACGACCUUGGUACGGCUCCGAGGCAUUGGAGUUCAUCUCAAGCUUUAAUUCGAAGCACAGCACAUCCACCGAUCGACCACCUGUUUCAGCAAUGACUAAGCAAAAGAUCGUGAUCAAGGUGCAGAUGAGCUGCGACAAGUGCCGGUCCAAGGCGAUGGCGCUGGUGGCGGCCAAGGGCGGCGUCGUUUCCGUGGCGAUCGCCGGCGCCGACAGGGACCAGGUCGUCGUCGUCGGCGAGGGCGUCGACUCCAUCGAGCUCACCAGCACGCUGCGCAAGAAGGUCGGGCCCGCGCAGCUGGUGCAGGUCGGCGAGGACAAGAAGGAGGUGAAGCCGCCGGCGGCCGCGGCCCCCGCGCCCUACUACCCGUGGUACGGCUACCCGCCGGCGCCGUCGCAGCCGGUUAGCUACGUCUACGAACACCCCUACGGGUACGGCUGCCAGACGCGGGAAGAGAGCAGCUGCUCCAUAAUGUAGAUUGUACUUGUAGAGAGAACAAGCCACUCAUACGUAUACGUAAUUACGUAUACGGGCUAGUGUAGUUCAUAUAGUAGAGUGAUUUUACAGUAGCUUUCUUUUCUUUCCCUUUUAUACAAAAACAGUACUCUUAUGUGUAUACGGUUGCACUGAGAAACUAUUUGGCUUUUCUUGUACUGGAUUGGAAGUAGAGGAGCUCAGGAGCAUAUGUUUGAAGGUUUGACCGCAUAUGAAUUUCUAGAAGCUUAAAAAAACUAUUCAUUUUCUGUUAGGGAUCGAGAAAAAAAUUCG